AUGGCAUUUUUCCUGGUUCUAUUGGGCGUUGCGAUAUGUUGCGCUACUGGGGCUCUUCGUAUUGGCUACCCACUGGGGUCAAGAGAAACUGGUCCAUUUGGCUCAACCAAUACCCCUAGUCAUUGUGAAGGUGUCGCACCAGCUCCAGUGGUGGCGGGGCGAAAAGUAGUGUUGGUACUUAACAAGAUAAUGUUAGCUCUAAAACUGAUGUUGGAAGUGGUGGCGGUGGAGUUGGGGUCGGCUGCCAAAACCCGCGAUGGCGUAGCCUAUUCGAUGAGGGUCAGCCGCCCUAGGGGUGGUGGCUAUGGAGCUAAAGGUGAAACUGAACCAGGUAUAGCUAGCUAUGUAUCUGAGUGGUGGUGCGGUCCAUGGUGCCGGCAAUUGAUCUAG